ACCUGCGCCUCCGCCGCAGAGCGCAUGCGCAGGAGCCCCAGCAGGAACACGCUGCAGUAGCUGCUAACAGAUUUGGACCAGAACCGAGCGGAACCGACCAGAACCGAGCCAGAACCAUGCGGUUCCUGCCCAGAAUGCUGCUGGUUCUGCUGCUGAGCUUCCCGGCGAGCCUGCUGACCAGAGGGCCGCUGGUCGGGGCCCAGAACCAGGACCAGGACCUGACGGAGGACGAGGAGACGGUGGACGAGGACGUGGUGGACGACGUGACGGCGGAGGACGAGGACGACGAGGCCGAGGUGGAGGACGAGGAGACGGCCGAGCUGAUGGAGGAGAAGGAGGACGAGGACUCUCUGGUGGGGGAGGUGAAGGCGUCGCCCAACGCUGACACCACCAUCCUGUUCGUCAAGGGAGAAGACUUCCCGGCCAACAACAUCGUCAAGUUCCUGCUGGGUUUCACCAACAAGGGAGCGGAGAACUUCCUGGUGGAGUCUCUGGACGCCUCGUUCCGGUACCCGCAGGACUACCAGUUCUACAUCCAGAACUUCACGGCGCUGCAGCUGGGGACUCUGGUCCCCCCGUCCCGCCAGGCGUCCUUCGAGUAUUCCUUCAUCCCGGCCGAGCCCAUGGGAGGCCGGCCCUUCGGCCUGGUGGUCAACCUCAACUACCGGGACGCUAGCGGAAACGUGUUCCAGGACGCCGUCUUCAACCAGACCGUCACCAUCACGGAGAGAGAGGACGGACUGGACGGGGAAACGAUCUUCAUGUACGUGUUUCUGUCGGGACUCGGACUGCUGGUCGUGGUGGGUCUGCACCAGCUGCUGGAGUCCAGGAAGAGACGGCGUCCGGCCCCCAAGAUCGAGACGGGGACGUCGAGCCACAACGACGUGGACAUGAGCUGGAUCCCCCAGGAGACGCUGAACCAGAUCAACAAAGCGUCUCCACGGAGAUCUCCCCGCAAGAGGAACCAGAAACGCUCGGCCGGGUCGGACGAGUGACGGGCGGCUGAAGCCCCGCCCCCUGGAGGAAGGGGAGGAGCCUGAGGCUGAAACCCCGCCCCCUGGAGGAAGGGGAGGAGCCUCCGCCUGAGGCUCCGCCCCCAACUGCUGACGGACUGUAACGAGCUGAACAACGCGGCUCACACACACAAUUAUACAAAUACACACUUAUACACACACUAAUAUAUAUAUAUAUAUAUAUAUAUAUAUAUAUAUAUAUAUAUAUAUAUAUAUAUUUAUAUUUAUAUUAGUGUGUGUAUAAACACCAGACCGGGUCUAAACCGGUCCAGGACGGUUCUGACUGAUUUAUCUACUUUUUUUUUUUUUUUUUUUUUUUUUUAAUCUGUAACUCCAAAUUUUCCCAUGAUGCUCUGAAUGUGUCUCUGGAGCAGUGGACCGGUCCAGAACCGGGGGACCGGUCCAGAACCGGGGGACCGGUCCGGGAAGAACCGGGUUUGGGUUUUGUUGUCGGGUUUGUGUGGUUUUGUUUUAUUUUUGUUGGGUUUUUUUCCCCGACCCGUUUCCUGGGACGGGCCGGUCCAGCACCGGUUCUGGACCGGUUCCUGGUCCUGGUCCUGGUCCUGGUUCUGGGU